CGCCCCAGUGCUUCUGGCAAGGGGGGCGUGUCUGAGGCGGCGUUGCUUAGUGACAGGCAGCGCUGGCUUCGGGGAAGGAGAAGGGAAAGGAGAUUCGAGGAGGUGUCGGCGGAGGCAUGGACCAUAGCCUGGCCGUGUUUUCCUUCCGGGGCAGCCCCUGCAAGGCUACGCCUCCGAGUAGGCGGAGUUACUAUCACCCGUCCCCGUUGCUAGAGCGAGGCCGAAGACGCGGAGGCGGGGCCUUUACCACGGUCCUAAGCCCAUCACAACCUCAUCAACCCAGCCCCCUACCCUCUCCUCCAACUCCCACGUCCCCAGACUUUGAUGAGUCAUGGCCCUCAACAAGUCUCUCACCCCCAUCUCUUACCCCUGAAGGACAGACAGACCAAUCAGGAGACUCGGUGGUUGCCAAGUACAUGGCUCGGUUCCGGCAGGCUCAGCCCACCAGCCGCCAGGAGCGACAGUCAGCAGGUCCCACAGCUGCCGACUUCUGGUGGCUGAAACCCUCACCUGUGGGCCACCCUGAUUCCUCAGCAGGUGAGGAGGCCAAAAGAAAGGACCUUUGCCCAGCCAGCCCAGGCCAGACCCUGCCACAGAGGGGAAGAACACUGAGGAUGGACACUAUCAUAUCAGGGACUCACCAGGGCCAUAUUUCUCCUUUGGAAGCCUCAGAGACAGCUGCAUUGGACCUCGAGACCCUCAGUCUCCAGGACAGGGCAGUCCAGCUUCUCCUUCGGAGUGAGAUUUCAUCCUGCAGCAGCAGCAGCAGCAGCAGUCAAGUGGCCUCCGUCCAAGUCAGCUCAGAGGGCCUCUCCUCCCCACCGUCACCCUCCCACCCUGACCCUGGACAAGGCCCAAGCCUCACCAGGGGCCCAGCCCCAUUGACGAGGCUUCAGGGCCCACCCCCAUCUGUGGCCCGACCAGAGGAGGACAUCCUCUUCCAGUGGCGUCUCCGGAGGAAGCUCGAGCUGGCCCAAGAGGAGUGUGUAGAUGGGUCCAAGACACAUUCCUGGCCCCCCAGCAGGGCCCCGGUCCCCAUGGCCAGGACCCAUGGUCAGCCUAAGCCUCAGCAGCUAGAUGCCCUGCAGCCUGCCCUGGCCGACCAGCUAAAUCCUCUGGUCACCCCCAGCCACCUCCAACCAAGUCCCCCAGCCCCUCUCAGUAGCCCCCAUCCAAGCCCCGCACAGUCCGUUUAUGUAUCCAAGCAAAGUCCCCCAGUUCCCUUCUUUGGGCCUCAGCAGGGCCCCUCAGUCCCCCUCUGUGGGCUCCAGCAGGGCCCCUCAGUCCCCCUCUGUGGGCUCCAGCAGGGCCCUUCAGUCCCCCUCUGUGGGCUCCAGCAGGGCCCUUCAGUCCCCCUCUGUGGGCUCCAGCAGGGCCCUUCAGUCCCCCUCUGUGGACCCCAGAAAAGCUCCUUGGUCCCUCUCUGUGGGCCUCAGCAGGGCCCCUCAGUCCCCCUCUGUGGGCUCCAUCAGGGCCCCUCAGCCCCCCUCUGUGGGCCCCAGAAAAGCUCCUCAGUCCCUCUCUGUGGGCCUCAGCAGGGCCCCUCAGCCCCCCUCUGUGGGCUCCAGCAGGGCCCUUCAGUCCCCCUCUGUGGGCUCCAUCAGGGCCCCUCAGCCCCCCUCUGUGGGCCUCAGCAGAGCCCUGCUGUUCUCUGUCCACGAGAAGUAAACCCCUCAGUUUCCCUUGGUAGUCCCCAGCCAUGCCCCCUGCCCUCAGUCCCAGAUUCCCUCACUACUUGUCUGAGUCCUUUCCAUCUCCACUCUGGCUCCCCAGAAAGGGGUUGCAAACAAUCCCAGGCUGGAGCCCCUCUUCUAGGAUCUAGGGGCCCCUCGGAGUCUAAGAGACAGGACCGCAAGCCUAGAAAGGCCCGGAACCUACACUCUAAGAACCAGGCUCCCAUGCCAGAGCCAGAGCCAGGACCAUUGCUGAGAGGGACCCUAGAGCAGGUGGUGGUUGCUCAUCUCUUCCCAGAACCCUCUGAAGACAGCCCCUCGCCCUCGGAGGCCCCCCCUUCUCCCACCGAGGCCCCCCACUCCCCCACUGAGACUCCACCACCCCAGGAGCUGCUAGCUUUGGCUUCUGGGUUACUGGAAGCUGCAGAAGACUCGGAUGGGACAGAAUUUGAAGAGGAUGCCCUGCUGCAGGUGCUUCGGGCCAGACGUGCGGAGCUAAGACUGUGCUUGAGGGAGGUUGACAAGCGUCUGUCCCAGCACAUGGACCUGGAGAACUUGGCUUCCGGCUCCCAGCCAGCCAGAAUGUUGGGGCUCUCCCAAGGACUCCUCCAACGGAUUUAGGAUUAAGCAAUAAAUGUUCAAUAAAUUG